AGUGAAGGGUCAAGCUGCCACGCCGUUCUGCCCAUGUAGAUUUCUUGCCAGUACUACUGCUGGGCUGCUGCUCCAUGGAUCGUGGAUUGUUAGGCAGAGGUGGCGAGGAAGUAGAGAUGAGGAGGGUGGUCUCUCAAUCUAGCAGCGCAGCUUCGCGCAGCGGUCUGGAGACGCUGGGAGCGGCAAGCUUGGCCGAUGAAGAUUAUCGCGUGCGGCGCACAGUGCCUGCUCUGGCUCUGGCAGCUGUUUCGUUGACAGUCGUAGUAGCGUUUGCGCUUGCAGCAGCGGUGUGGGGAGGCUCGGGAAGAAAACACGUCGUUGCUCUGCCUGCCACAGUGCGCAUGCUGGGCACUUGUGGCGGUGCAUCUGGGGAAGCAGCUGCGGCUGAGCGAGGGGGUGGGGAAAAAUGUUUCUGCUUGUUCACUGGCCACUGCUUGGACCUCUGGAAUUGUGGGGAGAAGUCGGUUGAGCAGUGCCAGCGCGAGUCCUGCCAAGACAGGGUGGCCCUGGAGAUUACGGAAACUGCAGCAACAUUCUACAACAUGAAAGACCACCAGGACUUGCUGACAAUACCCGUUUCUUACCACGAGACAAUCGUAUCGAUGAUAGCAGCGUGCCCGGGAGGAGAAGCGGAAGGUUUGCUCACUUCGCUCCUAGACGCUGGGCGGCGCGUAUUCGUGGAAGCCGGCGUUGGUGGCCCGGGCACGGUCGAGGCAGAGAUGCAGUGCGUGCACCUUCCCAGCACCAUCUCCGUUCACUGGCUGCAUGUCCACACCUUCAUCGGAGAGGUUGGAAACGGCGAGGGUCUUCCAGCUCGGCCACCCGACGCUGUCUGUGCUCCUGUCAAUCUGACCUCUGCGGAAGCCGCGCGGCAUAUGCUGGCACACGCAGCGUAAAUGAGGUGUUCUGGGAAGUGGCUGGCUCAGCCGAGUCGUAGCGCAUAGAUCCUGUAGUAAUGCAGAUUCACGUGCUGUAGGAGGUGCUGCGGUCCCCGCAUCGCAUCAGUGCCUAUUACGCUGUACGGUGAUCGUUGUUGACGGGCACGUAUGGUUUGCAUUAUAUCACUAAGCUUGUACUAGUUGUUUGCAGCAUGUGCGAGACGCUUAGCCGAUCUAUCGCGGGGCGAACAGAUGAAGAAUGCAGAUGCGGUGCUGGUUAGUGCUUGCUGCGUAUUCGCAGAUAUCGCUGUUCAGACGCAUGUGUCGCAUUCAUGUGCCUUCAUCACACAAGCACUGCCGAAUGUGCUGUGUAUAGUCCGCUCGCAUGGGGUGCGCAGGUUGUGCGCUGGGAGGGCCAUCGAGCAUGGUAUGUGGUGCACCAGUACUCCCAAUGCACGCCAUGCUUAUUGCAUUCAAGGUGCGCGCGUUGCGCGAGUUCAUUUUCCUGGAACGAAAGGGGCUAUCCAUUUUCAAAGUAUGUGGACCCCAUGGGGCUCAAUUUUCCAUUCACGACGUCUGACGUCGACGACCUUGUCACACUUUGUAAAGCUAUCCUGGCUGCCGUCAUGCUCCUGUUGAUGGUUGUUGUGCCGAAAAUGGCCCCUUGCGAUCAAUGAGACGAGACGGCCAGUACAUGCGUGAUGCGAGUCG